AAGCAAGACCUAAAAGCGAAUUGCUCAUUGAACAAGACGAGCUCGUGGCGUGCGUUUCGCAGUGAGCGGCAAAAUAUAUAUCUCAAAUAUAUGUAUAUAUAUCGUAUCAGGCAGUCGAAUGUGGCCAAAAGCAAGACCUAAAAGCGAAUUGCUCAUUGAACAAGACGAGCUCGUGGCGUGCGUUUCGCAGUGAGCGGCAAAAUAUAUAUCUCAAAUAUAUGUAUAUAUAUCGGUAGUGAAACAAAAUCGCCGUGGACAAUUAUCACUUGAAGAAGAAAUUACAGUGCAAUAAAUCGUACUUUGUCCCUUAUUUUUUGUUUGUUAAUUUUUUUUUUUUUUGCAUUAUCUGUUGCCGUUUUGAAAGAUGAAAGACGGCAACAGCAGUCAUGGUAAUCGUGAGUGAAACAAAGGAAAGUGGCAGGCAGUCGCGUUCAGUUUGAAGCCGCCACACCACAGAAAAAUAUAAAUAAAUAAUCCGUACUAACUUCGGAGCAACAGCAGCUACUGGAAAGCCAAAGCAGCGGCCACAAAAAUAACAACAAAAAACCAGAGUUCUGUUCAUAUUUCUGUCAAAAUAUGGGCCAAGAGAUAUCGCAACAGCAAAAUCAGCAACACCAACAACACCAGCAGCACCAACAACAACAACUACCCCACCACAAACGACAACCACAGCGAAAAAGCUUCAGCGGCAUUAGCACCACCAAUCAGCCGAUUUACACGCCCACAAGUCACCUAUCCACCAGCUCCUCCUCCACCAACACCAACGAUUAUAGCCACAAUAAUACCAGCAAUAAUAAUAAUCAGAACUACCGAUUGCGUCAUAAGUACAACUUAAGCAAGCAAACCUACGAAAGGAGCACGAUAGCAGCGAGUGCAGCAAGUACAAGUCAAUCCGAUACGGAUUCGCAUUACGCCAAACUAAAUCUGCAGAGGAGCAGUUCGCAGAGUUCGGAUAGCGGCAUCUACAACUCAUCCUGUCACUGCAGUUCCAUAUCCUCGAUAUCGGCCGUCAGCAGCAGUGCGAGCAGCAGUCGCAGCAGCAGCAGCUCUAGUCGCGGUUGUCCCAGUUCUCUGGUGUCCAGCAAAUCGAACCGCUCGUUGGACAAGCAGAAACACUACCUAAGCCAUCACCUGUACAUCAAGUCCUAUCUGGACAUCUUGGAGGAGGACGAGCGGGCACGGGCUCACUUCAAAUCCGCUCGUCCGGGCGGCAUUCGCAACUACACACCCAAGAUCUUGGCCAGCGGGGAAUCGAGCUUAUCGGGCAACUCCAGCACCAACACAGCUCUAUCAUCCAGUGCUCCAGCUCAUUGCUACGGACCGGGAAAGAGAACAACAGUCGGUGGAACAGGCGGAUCAGUUGGAGCAGCAGGAGCAUCAGGAACAGGAGCACAGGGAACGGAUCCGUGGAUUUGACAAUUACUGAAACAUGGCGUU